GCUUUAUGCAUAGUACUAACUUCAUAGCAUCUGACAUCUAUAGUGAUCAUGCCGACUUGGGGAAUAUAUGAUUCUGAUUCUGAUGACAACCAGCCUGCAUCUUCAAGAAAAUUGUUUGGCCGUCGAAGCUCUCUUCAUGCCAUCCUUGGAGGAGGGCAUGUUGCUGACAUAUUGCUGUGGAAGAACAAGUAUAUAUCAGGCGGAAUCCUAAUUGGUUUCACAGUUAUAUGGUUCCUUUUUGAAGUUGUGGAGUACCAUUUUGUUACUCUUCUUUGCCAUUUGCUUAUGCUUUUUAUGGCCAUCUUCUUCAUUUGGUCUAACACCGCAGCCGCAGGAUUCAUCAAGAGAAAUCCUCCUGAUAUUGAUGACAUGGAGUUGCCAGAAUCCACACUGAGAUUCUUCUUUGAGCAAAUCAACCGAUUACUAUCCACUUUAUACUAUAUUUCAAGUGGGAACGAUCUAAUAACUUUCUUUGUGAUGAUAGCUUGUCUCUGGAUAUUGUCAGCUUUUGGGUCUCUUUGCGACACUCUGACUCUCUUAUACAUUGUGUUUCUGUGCCUCGUAACAGUGCCAGCCUUGUAUGAGAGAUAUGAACAUCAGGUGGAUCAUUUUGCUGGCAGAAGCAGCCAAGACAUGAAGAAUUUGUUAGAAAGUUUUAGUUCGAAAUUUCUUGACAAGAUCCCAAGAGGACCGACAAAAGAUAAAAAGCUGACGUAAAUUUGGAAUUUCUUAACCUGGAAAUGGUUUUCAGAUUGCAAAAUAUUUUGCUGGGGACCUCAGCUUUCAGAAUUCAAGCUUUGUUUAAUUAUAUAGUUAACUUGUAUGUUGAAUAAUUACAAAUUAAAAUGAGAUGUGUCCUGGAAUAUGAAAACUUUGAUCUUGUUUUAGAAUUA